AUGCUGGUCAAAGUGGUGGAAGGGGCUGCGAUUACGGCUGAUGGAGAUGAGGGCCUUCGCGCCUGGGAUCUCAAGAGCCGGAGCAUGAUUGCAAAGAUCGAGGUUGGGGAUCGCGGCUCUAAUACUGCGCCGAGUUGUAUAGCCGUCGACGAGAGCGAGUUUGAGCGUGGAUUGCUCGACGUGGCACUCGGUUUCGAUGACGGGAGCUUUGGCGUAUGGCGGUUAUCCACCAGCAGGAGGCGCUUGGAACAACGAUACCGACAUGAGAAAUCUAGCAACGGCGGGCUAAUGGCGAUGGCCUUCUCAUACCCGUUCCUACUGACCGCCACAGAUGCAGUCCUGAUCUCUCUGUACACCUUUGAUGGUCCGAAAACGAGCGGGGCUGAGCAGAGGAGUGGGAAAGCCGAUGCUGCGAGCGACAGGACGGCCAAGUUAUCUUCGCCAUACCUCUUAACAUCUCUCGAUUCACAUACUUCGCGACCGCCCCUGGCGUUGUCCAUUCGCAGGGCUGGAAGGGCGACCGUUGCCUCGGUGGCCUACACCUUCUCCACCCGCCGGGGUUGGUCAAUUGGCCUCCAAGACCUGCAUAUUCGCCAGCCCCCGUCAAACUUCAAAGCCGUACCCGAAAUUACAACUACCCGGAUUGCAUACACCGCGCCAGUAGAGACGAGCGGCCCUUCUAGCUCCCCGCUCAGUCCACCAGCGACGUCUCGGCGUGGACCCAACCGCAUCCUCGGCGAACCUCCUUCUUCAGCUGCUUUGGAUGCCGCUGAUUCGGACACUACAGCCGUUGGGCCUACUACUCUCUGUUAUACCCACCCAUACCUCCUAGCAACUCUGCCAGACAACACCCUCGUCCUACACAUGUGCACAUCUAAUGCCUCGUCACUUUCCAUCUCAGAUGGUAUUCGGCUCUGGGGCCACACCUCCGGGAUCAGUGAUGCCGAAAUCACUGCCCGCGGCAAGGCCGUCAGUGUCAGCACCCGGGGUGAGGAGAUGCGCGUGUGGGAGCUUGAAGGACGAUCGGCUGGCGUUGGCAGCCGCAGUGUUGAGAUCCGGCCUUGGCAGUCACCGGGCGGCGGCGGAGCACCGAACUCUCUCGCGUCUGAUGACAGCCUUGAUCUCGGUGACCCCGCACGCGACUGGGAUGAGAGGAGAAACUGGGUGGGUUUUGACGACGAGAUGGUUAUUGUGCUGAAAGAGGGGAAGGGGGCGCGAGAGAGCCUGCUGGUUUACGACUUUACAUGA